AUGGGUCAGAAAGGAGGACCGGGCAGCAUAGGCUCAUUGUUGAUGCCUCGGACUAUUAGCCAAGCGCUUCCAGAGGAGUGCAAGGGUGAUAUAGCCUUCUUCACUAAGAGUGAUGAGGAGCCAGGCGAGAAGCACGAAAAUCCAGAGGAUCUCACAUGGAUUGGAUGGGAGUUUCCAGCAUUGACCAAGAACAAAAAGGUCGAACGUAACUGGCGAAUUGACCCUAGGAAAGGUUUUGACAAUAAACCGGUGCUAUUGUGGUCGAAAAACGGCCCGGAGAAGAAACAGCGCGGCGUCGAUGAUACAGUCAAGCCACUUCGCCGGAAGUCAUGA